AUGUAGAAAUUAAAUUAAGUUGAAGAUAAUCAAUUACUUACAAAUAAAUAGACUGCAAAACCUAAUUAAGCAAUUGAAUCUCUAGUAACUUAGAAGAUGGUUGCCUAUAAAUAACUUUAUAGAUAUGCAACAUAAUCAGAUAAAUUAUUAAUUUCGAUUGGUAUCUUAGCAUCUACAGGGAAUGGAGUAAUAAUGCCAAUGUUUUUUGUUAUAUUUGUUGACAUGGCAGAUGCAUUUUCAGGAUAGGAUCCAGAUAAAAUGAUUAGUGCUGCUGGAUAAUGUGCUAUGUAUAAAUAAAUAAUAUAUAUUAUAGAUGGUUCUUAGUUUUAGCAAGAUGUGCAUGGUUACUUUCAUUUUUAAGUUUCACUACAUUUAUGAUAUCAGGAGAAAGAUAGAGUAUAAGAAUGAGAAAAGAAUAUUUUAGUGCAAUUCUAAGAUAAGAAGUAGGAUGGUUUGAUUCUAUAAAUCCAAAUGAACUCAACACUAAAGUAGCAGAUGAAACAUUUGCUGUAGAAGAUGCUAAAAAUUUUCAAUAAUUAGUGGAUGGUAACUAGGUUUGGUGA